UCUAGUGUUGGACAGGCCCGGGAUCCACUGAUAUUAUACUCCAAAACCCUGCAUGACUACACUCUUGAAUUGUGGACGGAGUCUAGGAGAGUCGCAGAAGAGAAAGCGAGACGGAAGCUGGCUCGAAUGGAGGAAGAGGCACGAAAACAAUCUCGCGAC